AAUAUUCAGCGAUGCGUACCGGUCUGUCGGCAAGGUCCGUUUCAGCUCCGGUGGCCGUGGCGUGCGCCGUCUUUCUCGCCUCGUUGCCGCCGUCAUCGCGUGCGGAAGCCAUGACGGCGAAAGAAGCUGACACCGCAGCGCCACCGUCGUACGGCAACCGCACCCUUCUGGGUGGCGUCCCCAUGACGCAACAGCCGGCCAACAGGGCGGCGCUCAUGGCGACCGCCCUACCGGCCACUCUGGGACUGGGAGGCAUCCUGUAUGGGCUGACCGUGCUGCCGGCGCUGCUGGCGCUCUUCGGAAGCGGAGGUGCCUUCCCGCUCACGGGAUUGCUUGGUAGCCUUUUCAGGGAAAAGAGCACGCGCAGAUCUACGUCCAGCGAUGGCGCCAGCGUCAAGAGGGAUUCCAGCAACAUGCUGUCCGUCCUACAAGAGGCGUUGAAGCGCUGGGACGGAGCGUCUGAGACCUGCCGCAGCAUGUUCGUGUGUCAGGUGGCCAAGGAGGCCCUGAACGCCGGAUACCUGCCCGACAUGAGGCCUUUCGACGGCAUAUUCUCCCUGUUCUUGGGGGACUACGGAAAGUCACCAUCCACCAGCAAAGAUGCCAAGGCUCUGUUUCCGCACCAGGCGUUCUUUCACGCGAUGCGGGACGGCUUCCGAGGUUGCAAGGCCAAGUACGACUGCGACUCCCCGCUCCAGCCACCACGAUACCCGCGCACCAGAAAGCCUUGACGCCUGGCG